UCACCCAGUACCUAACACAUAAAUGCGUGGUCAGUACGCACCCAACACUGAUCCCGGUGAUACAGUUUAUUCCACUUUUUAAUCGCGUACCCACACUAAAGCUAAGAAGAUCAUGCAUAUUCGUCUUUCAUUAAUCAUUAUACAUACAUAGUUAGCAUGAUUUCGCGUUUUGAUUAAAGCCCAUAUUUUUUCUUUUACAACUUUUUGGUUUAAUGAAAACGAUAUGCGUCGGGGUCUUUCGAAUUACCGCAGCGCGCAGUGAGUAAAAUAGCCACAAGACAGCUCUUGUGGAAAGCGAUUUGAGCAUCAUCAGUGACUUAAGAGUAGGUACCUACCACAAACAUGGCACUUAUUCUACGUGGAGCGUUGAAACUCUACUACUAUCUUAAUGAAGAAAUUUCGGAUCCCAGAACACAAAACUGGCCAUUAAUGAGGACGCCCUGGCCCGGGAUCGCUUUGCUGGUCUUUUACUUGAUGGUUGUGUUAAAAUGGCUGCCAAAAUACAUGGAGGAUCGGCCAGCCUACAAUCUUCGUAAACUAAUAGCUCUAUACAACGCUGUACAAAUCGUUUGUUGUGCGUAUGUUUUGUAUCAGAGUCUACGGCUAGGAUGGCUGAGCCACUACUCACUGGUGUGUCAACCGUUGGACUACGGGCCUCAGGCCGACGAGUAUGCGUGGAAAGUGUGCUAUGCCUACUUCCUUAUUAAACUCGCGGAUCUCUUCGAUACGGUAUUUUUUGUCCUGAGAAAGAAACAAAAUCAGGUGUCAUUUCUACACGUGUAUCAUCAUUUUGGAAUGGUCGCCGUUGCGUGGGGAAUGGUCAAGUGGCUGCCAGGCGGGCAUACCUCGUUCUUGGUAUCGGUGAAUUCGUUCGUCCACAUCAUAAUGUACAUGUAUUACUUGCUCACCGUCUGGGACGACUCCUACAAGCAGUCCCUUUGGUGGAAGAAACAUGUCACUCAAAUACAAAUUCUCCAGUUCUCCAUACUGUUGGUUCACUUCUGCGUGCUGGUGGUGGCCGACGAGUGCCGCUUCCCGCGCCAGCCGGCUUACAUCCUUAUCCCGCAGAACCUGUUCAUGGUCAUCCUGUUCAGCGACUUUUACUACCGCACCUACAUCAAGGCGGGCAAACCUAUCAAAGAUAAAUAAACGAAUGUACUAAAAUUU